AUGAAUGAUUCGUAUGAUAUACCGAGUGAGCCACGUCUCUCGAAUACUCUCUAUCUUAAUAGACCAACACCACAAUCAAGAACUAAAAUGAAAUUAAAAAAGAGAUUACCACCAACACCGCCCGAUUCUCUACCUGUUUUUCUUGGUCUAGAUGAUACGGUACCACUCGAUGAUUCAUCAAUAAAUAAUCAUGCAAAUAUUUAUUCUAUCCAGCAAUCAACUGAACAUUCUAUACCAUAUGUAAAUCAACUCAUUUCAUCAAAUAAUCCAGAAAAUGAUGAUUUUUAUGUAAUGCCUCGUCAUGAAAAUCCUCUCUCAUGUGAUACAUACAAUAUUUUAACUAAUACUAAUCAAGAUAAUGAUCCACGUACUCCACCAAAUCCGUCUGAUCUUACUCAAUUUUAUGCUACACCACCUACAUUUGCUAAAAAUUUUGUUUUAGAAUCAAAUUUAUCGUUUGAUGAUAGUCAAGAUAUUCCAAAUAUUUCACUUGAUACUGUACCUGACGUUAUUAUUGAUACUUCAACAAAUAAUGAUAUUUAUUAUUCAUAUCCAGAACAACAAAUUAUUUCGCCACGUGAAAAACCUGUACAUACUAAUGAAGAUAAGGAUGUAUUUAUUUCAAAAUUAAAUCGAGUCAUUAAACAGCAAGCUACUGCUCAACAACAACAGCAACCUUUAAGAUCAAUAAAAAAAGAUGAAGGAAAAAACUAUUAUUCAAUAGAACCAGUAGACGAUACGCAACCACUUAUUUCACCAUUAAUUGAUGAUUUUUCAAAUACAUCACUAGAAAAUGGUGAUGCUCCAAUUUUAUUAGAUAAAACAACUGAUUAUCUUGAUAUUGUUCGAAGAAAUCCAAGUAAUUCUCGAUGUGCUGAUUGUGAUUGUGAACAUCCAACAAUUGCUAUUAUGUCAUGGUUAUUAGUUAUAUGUAAAAAAUGUGCUGCUAUUCAUCGUCUUUUAACAUCUGAUUUUCUUCGUUUACAAUCUCUUAUAACAACAGCAUGUGAUCCUGAUUUAAUUGAUCUAUUAUAUGAUUAUGGAAAUCAAUAUUCAAAUAAUUUAUUAGAAAAUAAUUCCUUAGGAAUAUUAAAACCAACUUAUAUAGCCACACAAUUAGAACGUGAACAGUAUAUACGAAAAAAAUAUUUCGAUAAACUUUAUCUUCAACCAUUACCAAUAAAUACGAAAUAUUCUCUUACACAAGAUCAACUCAAUGAAAUGUUAUAUGAAAAUGUUGAAACACCUGAUUGUGGAAAAACAAUACAUUUAAUUAUGUUAGGUGCAAAUCCAAAUUAUUCACGGCAAAUGUUUGCUGUUGCAGAUCAUGCUAAAAGACAUCAACAAAUUAAACAAAUGAAAAUUAUAUUAGCUAAUGGAGGUUUAUCUGAAUUUGAUCUAAUGAAAACAGAUACAGAUGAAAGAAUUCUUCCACCAUAUGAAACAAUCGUUCAUUUAGUAACUAAACAUGGUAUAUUAAAAGAAUUUUUAACACGUUAUGAAAAUGAUCGCGUGAAAAUUCAUUCCAUAACAAAUAUAUUUGAUAAAAAUCAUCAUCAUCAACAAAAUCCACGAUAUUUAUUUGAAAUUGAUUUAAAUAAUGUUCUUGCUAUAUGUAAUCAAUCCGUUAAUUCUAUCUCAUUAAAAUCUCGUUCAACAAAUCUUCCAAUAAUAAAUACAAAUAGUCAAUGUAUAUUAAUUGUUGAUGAACAAACUUCAUUUAAUGAAUAUGUUUGGAUAUUUCCAAAUGAACUUGAACGUGCAUUAUGGAUACGUGAAUUAUUAAAACGACAAUAUUCUUAUCAUCAAUUGAUUUAUUCAGAUUUUAUUUUAUUAACAAAAUUAAAUGUACAAGAAGGAAUUAAUGCUGAAAAACAACAAGCUAUUGCAAUUGUUUAUCCAGGAAGAUUUGUUAUAUGUUCCGACACAAUAUUUGAUGAAGUUGAUUUAAGAAAAUAUUGUAGUUUAACUUAUCAAAAAAGUGAAGAAUUUACUGGUGUUGUUCUUUGUCUUGUUUCAAAUCGUUUUCUUUAUUUAUCAUCACCAAUAUCGAAAUUAACCGAUAUGUUAUAUUCAUGUCUUCGUGAAGCAACAAAAGUUAAAAUAUUAACAGAUUUAAAUUGUCAAAUAUUAACAUCACAGAAUGUACCUGUUCUUGUUGAAAGAUUUAUUAAUUUUAUUUUUGAACAUGGUUUAGAAAGCAAAGGUAUUUAUCGUCAAGCUGGACAAGAAACAAAGAUUAAACAAUUGUUGAAUGAAUUUCUUGAAGAUCCAUUUAAUACUAGUUUAACACGAGAAAAUUAUACUGAACAUGAUGUAGCUAAUGGUUUAAAACGAUUUCUACGUCAAUUAGAAACACCUUUAUUAGGUACACGUCAAAAUUAUGAUGCAUGGUUACGUUCAACAGUUGAUUCAAGUAUAACACCUGAUCAACUUAUUCAAUAUUAUCGUGGUUUACUUGUUGAUUUAAAACAACAUUUUCCUGUACAUUAUGCAACAUUAAGAAAAAUGUUAUUACAUAUUCAAACUGUUUCAAUGUUAUCGGAUAGAAAUGGAAUGAUUUUAUCGAAUCUUGUUUCAACAUUUGCACCAUGUAUUAUAUCUCAAGCAUUAGCACCAUUACCAAUGACAACAACAACAACACCAAUGAAUAGUUAUACAAAUGAACCACGUGAACGUCGUGGUUUAUCAUUAGAUGAUAUCGAUAUGAAAUAUCCGAAAAAUCAAGAUGAUAAUAUUUCAUUAUUUGAUGAUGAAACACAAGAUUCAGUUGGACUCCUAAUAAAUACUUCAUCACCAGCAAAACUUAAACGAAAUCAAUCACUUCAAUCACCUCGUAUAUCUAUGAUUUCAACAUCUCCACCGUCGCGUUUCCCACUGUCAUCAUCUUACGCGCGUGUAACUCCAUCAAUUCAAGCUGAUCUUGAAAUAAUGCAUAAUCUUUGUCAAUAUUAUCGUGAAUUAUUUAAUGUAAGUAAUGAUGAAAUAGAACAUGAAAAAAAAUGUGUUGAAGCAUUAAUUUCACUUCGAAAUAAUCAAUGUCAGCCACGUAAAUUAAAUGGCACGAUGGUAUCUGUUUAUUUUGAAUCUCGUGCUGAUGAAUUAAAUGGUUAUGCAAUAAAUAUUCUUGAACAUGAAACAACAGCUGAAAUUGUUAUUGAUAAGUUAUUAAAUCAAAUUCAUAAACAUGAUUGCUUUUUUUGGGCAUUAUUUGAAGUUAUUAUUGAUCAAAAUCUUGAACGACCAAUGUAUUCAUCAGAAAAUAUAUCCAAUGUUUUAAAUCGUUAUCGAACUUAUUUACCACAAGAAUUAAAUCGACAAGCAACAUUUGUUGUUAAACUUAAUUAUGUUCAAUUUGAAAAAGAACGUCGACCUGUUGAUGGAAUUAUUUCACCUAUUUAUGCAUUACCUGCUUAUCCACAUUAUUUUGAUCUUAUGGCAGGAUAUAAUGCUAUUGCUAAUUUACUUCAAUUAUCUUCUGUUAUUCUACCUGUUACUCGUGUUGAUUUACAAUUAGAUCAAAUAACUGAUGAAUAUCGUAAUAUGAAAACAACAAGUACGUUAGACGAAGCAGUUAAAGAUAUUUAUAAAAGUCCCGAAAUAUUUGAAAAUUGUAUGGUAGGUUUACAAGUUAUAUGUAGAAGAUUAGAAGAUGAAAAAGCAAUUGGUAUGGCUAUGAUUUUAGAAGAAGCAAUUAAAUUAUAUAAAACAAAAAAUAAUUAA